AUGGAUCCCCUAAAAUUUCUGAUGGAAUCUCCUGCUCUGACUGGUAUACUGGCUAGGUGGAAGAUGUUGUUAUCUGAGUUUGAUAUUGUGUAUGUGAUCCAAACGAAAAUAGAAGGGAGUAUCAUAGCCGACUUUCUUACGAGUCGUGCCUCAGAAGAUUACGAGUCUCUAAACUUUAAUUUCCCAGAUGAAGAUUUGAUGUUCAUCUCAACUAAAGAAGAAAGUGUCAUGGACGACAAAUCCUAUAAAUUAUACUUUGAUGGAGCCUUUAACGCUUUGGGGAAAGGAAUUGGGGCAGUGCUGAUUUCCCCAGAAGAAAUCUACUAUCCUUUCACAAGUAGAUUGGAAUUCUUUUACGCCAACAACAUGGCAGAAUACGAAGAAUGUGUCAUGGGGUUAAAAGCAUCCAUCGAAAGAGAAGUCAAAAUGCUUAAAGUAUACGGAGAUUCCUUAUUAGUAGUAUAUCAACUAAGGGGAGAAUGA